AUGGAUACAAUUAUACACCAGUUUGGUAGUGCAUGUGAAGUAUGUAUAAAAAACAAAUCCAGAAGAAGCCAACAAAUUGGGUUACUAUCAAAACUAGGUCCAGCGACAAAACCAUAUGAAAUAAUGUCCAUUGAUUCAGUAGGAGGUUUUGGUGGUAACAAAUCAACAAAAAAAUAUUUACAUAUGUUAGCGGAUCACUUUACCAGAUAUGCAUUUAUUUCCACAUCAAAGGGUCAAAAUGCAAGAGACUUUAUUAGUUUAAUCGACCCAGUAGCAAAACAACACCAGAUAAAAAUCAUUCUAGCGGAUCAAUACACUGGUAUCAACUCAAAAGAAGUCAAAAACUAUAUGAAAUCAAUGAAUAUCACACUGAUAUUUACAUCAGUGGAUUGUCCGGAAUCAAAUGGGUUAAAUGAAAGAUUAAAUCAGACAUUAGUUAAUAGAAUAAGAUGUAAAAUUAAUAGUGGAGAAGAGAGGGGAGCAUGGUCUAAAAUUGCUGAAAAAUGCAUAAGAGAAUACAAUAGAACAACACAUAGUGUCACAAAAUUCUCACCAGUUUAUCUCCUAAACGGUAUAAAAUCUAAUAUUGUACCAACAGAGCUUCAAGAAAAUAAUUAUAAUUUAAAAGCAGACAGAGAUAAAGCAUUAAAAAAUUCAACAAAUAACUAUGAAAAAAACAAAAAAAGAGUGGAUAGGACCAGGAUAGAUCACACAUUUCAAGAGAAUGACCUAGAUUACAUUGAAAAUGGUAACAAAAUGAAUAGGAAUAAAUUAGAUGAGAUCAGAAGCGGACCAUUCCGAAUAAUAAAAAAGGUAUCAAAUACUAUAUAUGAAGUUGAAGGGCCUAAAAAACGUAAAGAAAUCAACUUCUAUCACAGCAGCAAAUUAAUUCCAGUUAAGAGGAUGUCACAGUAG